AUGACAAAGCAUUGGGAGAACGUUUACGAAGAAGAAUUGGAGAACUUCAGUGAAAACGGUGAUGAGGGUGAAAUAUGGUUCGGCAACAAGGCGAUGAGUGAGAUGGUGAAGUGGCUCGCUCAAUCGGUGGCGCACUCUCGGAAUCUCACGGCCAUAUGCGGUUUCUUGCAGGGGGACCCAUCAUUGCUCGCCGACGAUCAGAAAGCUGACCAGAAUGGAGCUUGGGAUCUGAUUCUCGAUAAAGGCACAUACGAUGCCAUCGUGUUGAUGGAGAAGGGUGAUAAUGGAAGGAUUACAGUAGAUGUUUAUCCGAUGCGUGUCGCGAAGCUCUUGAAUCCAGGCGGGUAUUUUUUAAUUGCAUGCCAAGGCGAGAAUCCAUCUUCUCCUUUGAACGUAUUAGACAUGAAGAACACAAAUCCAAAGGCCCAGGUUCUCGAACCUUGA